AGAGAGAGACGAACGGAGACGAGCGUCGCGUGGGGAGCGAUCGCGGCUCGUCAUUCGAAGCCCGCCAACGGACGAGCGAGCAACCACGGAACGGGACCCCGCGAUAGAGAAAAGCCACGCGAUCUUUUCUGACACGAAGAAAAAGGAAAAGAGGAAGGAAAGUAGCGUAAACGCGCGCGACAUACGCGUACCUUUUCUACUUGCGAGUCACCUUCGAAGGAAUUCGCGCGAUAGUGAAUUAGAGAGUGAGAGAGUGUGUGUGUGUGUGAGAGAGAGAGAGAAAAUCGAGUGCGAUUUUAUACUCGCCCCUCUCUCAAUAUCUUAGUUUCUUUUUUGAAAUCUUCAGCUCUUCAGCGAUCUCUUCACUUGGAUUUCAAGCUACGCUAAUUUACACGGAUCUCGUUGAUUCGAUUGGUAUAUCGUCCUCGGCAGUGUGACAGUGAUACAGGGGGAGAGGAGAGAGAUAUUAGAAAAUUACGAAAGAGGUGGUGUCUGUAACGCGCGAGAAUAUACCAGGUGGUAUUUAUUUAAUGCUCCGAUGACAGUGAACAAUGUGCUCUCUGUAACUCAAGCAGCUCUCUUUUAAGCAGUCGCAGGAUAUUUCAAGAUCCUUUCGAAACGUACGAUAGAGAAAGUGGGAUAGAGAAAUUGCGAGCAAUUUUACAGUCGCAAACAUCGUUGUUUUUUUCAAGAGAUUGGACUGUCGGCCUAUCAAGUUAGACAUUUCACGUGCGUUUCUCAGCGCCACCAACAAGGAAAAUCGAGCAGUGCUUACGAAUCGUUCGAACGUGCCGUGUCUUGUGUUUUGAAAGCGCAUCGAAAACGUGUUACCUGGAAAAUAAUAAGGAUUAGUGUUCCUCCGUUACGAAAACUCGCCACAUUACGCGAACGUGAGUGCAUCGACGUCGAUUGCUUUUUAUUCGAGAGAAAUACGAGACGAGAAAGGAAAAAGAAAAAAGGGGGUUACUUCGAGCAUUCGUACUUGUUCCAUCAUUUAAAAUUAUUUGUGCAGUGAUUUUGCGCUCUAUUACGAAUACACAGAAGCCGUGUAUUUCACAAAAAACAACAUUUUUCAUCGCGAUGUUUCUAAGCCUAUAAUACCAAGACAAUCAGAUACAUUAAUCUCGUGAUUCGUUCUUCUUCUCUCUUCGAUUGGUUUCAUUUGAUCACGCGUGCGUUACGAAUCUAACAUUGAAGAUUAGUGUUCGUCGAUCGGAGAGAGAGAAAUAUUUCUCUAUAUAUCCGUGUAAACGAGAGAAUAACGUUUCUCGAUGAAUAAUUUUUCGAAAGAAAAGUGAGAGGCAAAAGGGAAGGAAAAAGAAGUAUGAGUCAUUUAUAGUCGAUCGUCCUUGAUCUUGUUUGAACAAUAAAGUAUUAUCGUCGUGAUAUAAAUACACAAAAAUAUAUAGAGGAUCUCGUCGGAUCUCGUGUCUCUUUAAUAACAGUUCAAUGUGACCUUCGCGAGUGUGCCAACGUACUCGUCCUCGUCUCUCGUCCUUAAAACGAAGAAAGAAGAUUGUGGAUAAGAUACAUCGUUUUCUCUCUCUCUCUCUCUCUCUCCCUCCCCUUCAACUCAUCCAUCGCACUUACUACGCCUGUUUAUCUUUCGUACGACGACAAAUUCGUACACGUUUGUACGGCAGUUUACAGAAGGAAACGAAACCAAUCGAUUGAUUCGUCGUAAUCGUGCGAAAGCUGCCUCCUUUUUCGCUUUGUGCUUUUUCUGUGUGCGCGUUGAUCGCUUCGUCGUCCGAUACGUCGUAAUAAUUUCACGCUCGCUCGUCGUGCGCGUUAACGAUCGAUAGCUCGUUCGUAAUUAUCGUCGAACCCGCGGUACAGCCGGAACAUCUGGCGCACCACCCUUCCGUCUAUCAUCGUGUCUUCGAAAGCACCGGCAACGUAACGCAGCGAGCGAGCGAACAAGCGCGCGCGCAUAUCACUAUAUUCGAACGUCGACAUUUAGUUUAACGUUUCCUCGAGCGGAGUUUCUUCUCGCGCGACGCGAGUGCAGUGCUUCGAGAUUAGACGCGAAUUGGUUUUAGAAGUCAUCGGGACGACCGCCUGUACAUUGUCUCCUCGGUCACUCGCCAAAGGUGACCGACAGGACACACAUUUUUUUCCUGGAAGCGGUACGCAAACGGUCUCAAGAUUCAGCUCGACACGAUGCCUUGGUUCAUCCUAUUUCUCCUGCUGUUGGCUGUGAUGGAGGCCUUCCCUCGGGAGGCCACCUGUUCCCGCUUGCCGGACAUCUAUUGGAACUCCACCAAUCCAAUAUUUCGAAUAGACAACACGGAUCAUAUAAUAGACGUGAACAAGAACAACGCGGUGUUCGAGUACGAUCAAGUGAACAUAAUUUGUCCGAUGUAUCAAUUGGGCACAUAUGAUCCGGAAAAAUACCUCAUUUAUAACGUGUCCAAGGAGGAGUACGAGACGUGUCGAAUAACAAACCCAAGUCCUCGCUUAAUAGCAAUUUGCGACAAACCAUACGAGGAUAAGUACUACACGAUCACCUUCAGGCCGUUCACGCCGCAACCGGGGGGCCUCGAGUUUCUGCCUGGCCACGAUUACUACUUCAUCAGCACCUCGUCCAAGGAAGAUCUGCAUAGGCGCAUCGGCGGACGAUGCACCUCCGACAACAUGAAGGUUGUCUUCAAGGUUUGCUGCAGCAACGACACCUCCUCCUCAUCAGCCACGUCUCGCAACAACUCCGUAACCGUGACCAGCAGCACCGUGCCCAGCAGCAGCUCAACGAGCACCGCGGUUUUGGGAGGAGGAGCUGGUGGUAUGAUGCCACCACCACCGCCACCGAGCGUCCUCAAGGGUGGAGAACGAUUCUACCCGGGAGGCAACAUUCAUCAUCAUCGCGAUCAUCAUCAACCAGCUACGGUGAUGCCGACCCACGUUCCCCCUUCAGCGUUGUACCCUGUACAUCCGCAUCAGCCACAGCCUCCGAUUCACAAUGGACCCCCGUCUGUCUCCUCGCCGCCAAAGACCUCGAUUGGACAGAAGAAAAAGAACAAGGAAUACUCCGAUCAUCCUAACGAGGUGGUGAAGAACGAAGAACUAACGUACAACGGCGCGGCGUCGUAUGGGUUCGGGCAGGUCCUGUUCCUGAUGGUCUCUAGCGUUUUGAUAAGUGCUCUCAUGCCGCAGUUGCUGCGGUGAAGCGACGACACUACCAACGAAGAGCGUAUCCCAUGCGUCGAACCCCUUCUUCUGUGAUUAUCCUACGUUUAAUUAAUUUCUUGAGGCACGCAGCGCCUCUAUCGUGCGCUGCAGCCCCUCGAUCGUGGGACGCGCGCAGAUCAACCAUCGCUCGGUUUGCCCCGAGACCGAAUGCUGAGAAGGAAAGAAGAGAUAUCUAUUAGAUACUGCUGGUAAGAAGGUAUAGAUAUAUGUACGGAUGGACCUAGAAAGACUACGUGUCUGAAUAAGAGACUCGUGGCAAAGCCAUAUUAACUACUAAUAAAAAAGAAAGACAAGCGGGAUGGCGUAUAGAUGUCGAGAUGGUCAAGCAAGACGACGACGAAAAAGGAUAGAAGAGAGCGAAGAAAAAAUGCUGAAAAAAAUGAAGAAAAAGAAGAAGAACAAGGAGAAUCGCUGCUACUAGAUACUAUUAUAGUACGCCCACUAUUAUCACUACUAUAAAUGGUAGUCGUAUUGGUUGUCCUUCUUAUCGUUACGCUAAUUCUAGGUAUUUAUUCGAAAUACAAGAGAGCGUGGUAAAAGAGCGAGUGUAUGAAAGUAAUGCGAACGCGUGAGAAAAGAUGUGUGCGAGUAGCGUGUUAAAUAUCUUCGGAGCGAAUAACGUUAGCGCGCAUACGAGUUAUAUCUAGCCAGAAAAUGGACGAAUCUUUGUCGAAUCGAAACGGAAGACGAGACUUAAACGAUUUCUCUCGACACGAACAAUGAGAUUAUCCAUCGUCGAAAAACUCUAACGAUGAAUCGUUCCAGCUCGUUUCCCGUUUGAAUUGUCGUGCGCGUUUACCUGUACAUUCGCUGACCCACGAUAAUUAGCACGCCUGUAAAUAAAUUCCUAACGAAUAUGUACAAGUGACUCCAGCGGUUUCUUCGAGCUGCAAGGAGAUUUAGGAGAGUGCCGUAUACUAGACGAAUCUUAUGUAUGACGCACGAGCGAGCGAGAGAAAAAGAGAGAGAGACAGAACGCGUAAACGCCCACGAGGACGUAAAGACCCGUUUGCGAAAUUAAUGCGACAAAAACGCGAUAACGAUCCAUCGUCGAUGUUGAAAAUUUCAUAAAAUCGAGCGACGAUUCGAUGGACUUAUCUUGAUUAUACGCGUCGAUUCAAAUUUGACGAAUCGACGAUUGUCGGCUAUCUCUUUUCGUCUCGAUCGUGGCAAAAAAGUAUAUAUUAUCCGUGCGAGAGAGAGAGGGAGAGAGAGAGAGAGAGAGAAAGAGACAGAGAGAGAGAAAGAGAGAGAGAGAGAGAGAGAGAGAGAGAGAGAGUUUGAGCGCCAGUGAGAAAAUUCUCUAUGAGUGCGUGGAAAUUGCGAGAAUGUGAAAAUUUGUAUAAUACCUGUACUAUAGAUCUGUAUUAUAUUUAUUAUCCGCUAUUAUUACUCUACGAAUAUUCAAUCGAUAUUCUAUAUUUACUAGUAAAAUAUCAAAUUUAAUAGCGAAUAAAUUGCGUAUCGACGAUGGGAGACAAAGGGAAACAGAGAAAGAAAGACAGAAAAAGAAGGCUUAUGAGAAAGGAGAACAACGAAGACUCGAGGCCUCUUAUUCUCGACGUACGGCUAAACUCUCGUCGCAUUUGUUGUUUUUUAUACUAUCCGGUAUAUCGGAUCUAUGAGUAAGCAUUAUCUACUCGUGAAUUUAAUCGAUUGGCCGUUCGAUCGUCUUCUUUCCUUUUUUCUUUGUAUCUUGCAUUAUCCUUUGUUCUCUUUCUGUUAUUUUUGUAAUUCUAUUUAUUGUCCGUCGUUUUACACACCACACCACAUAAUACCUACAUUCAUGUACACGACACGCGGCACAUUAUACACUUUACACAUAAUUCAGCGUGAGUUGUCUCGCGCGCGACGAGAACCGCGAGAAUUCGAGAAUGCAAGAGAAUAACUGCGAACGAAUUUUCGUUUCGCAUUCGCCAUUGAGAGAUGAUUAGAUUUAAUGAAUUAUUAUUGUAAAUAUGUGUAUGCGAAAGAAUAUCGUAUGAUAAUGAUCAUGAUGAUAAGACGAUGCUGUUAACGCUGGAGAAAAGAGGGAAUUUGUGAAAGAAGCGAAAAAGAGCGAGAGAGCGAGAGAGUGAGAGAGAGAGAGAGAGAGAGAGAGAGAGACCCUUCUUAUUCCGAAUCGUAGAUAAAGAAAAAAUGAUAGAGGAUCCUUGAACGCAUAGGCCGCUCGAUCGACCAAUCGUUUUCGUCUUUUGUCAAACGGAUCGUCGUCCUUCCUGCACCGACCUUGAAAAGAACGAAAACAAUGAAUAAGAUCGGCCGAAAGCGAAACAAAGCGAAAGAAAAGAAAUAACUAAAACGCGUGUUUAAUGUUAUCCACUACAGUAUUGUUAAGCCUAAGUAUUACAUGCCUACGAUCCACGUCUGUUUGUCUGUCUGUCUGUUCGCGUGUCUGUUUACCGUUUGUAUACUUUUUCCUCAUACUUUAUUAAUCGCAAUAGCAUAUCACGAUGAAUUUUACGAACAAUAAUAGGAGACGGUUUUAUCGCUCGCAUCACGAUUCAUCAAAAAUUUUGUUUCUCUCGUUACUCUGUUUAUUUUUGAUUUUAUUAUGAAAAUCACGGACACUUUCGUUUCCACCCGAAGUACGUUCUUGCAACGACAGUCAAAAGCUGUAAACCGAGAACCUCAAAGACAAUCACUCGCACAUUGUAAAUUAUCCGAAGCUUUUUCUCAAAGUAGAUCGAUCGUAAACGUCAGAAUCCCGUAGCUAAUCGACUUACGUCCGAAAUAGAAGAACUUCACGCAGAUGUAUGUACAUACAAUACGUUCGGUUCACGGCUCGUCUCGUUCAAGAACGUACAAAUUACCCUUACGUUUUCUACAUUCGUCCUAUAAUUGAUUAUUUCUUUUAUUCAUCGUACGAACUUUGAAUCGUAGAAAGCAUCGUGGAAAGCGUCUCUUAUUGUUAGUUUCGUAAACGAACUCAUCGGAUCCACAAUUGAUCACAUACACACACUUCAGCGCCAAUAAAGCGAUGCAGCAAACGUACAUAGAUCCACGUGAAUGGUACUCGUUCGUACGGACGAUAGGUGAAUACAGUAUAACAAUAAUAUAGAAACGAACUAUCGAUAGAAAAUAGACAAGGUCACUCACUGCAGUUUAUUUUAUUUUUGUCUCUUUCUCCUCAUUUUAUUUUUCACAUCCUACCGCAUCCAUUCCACGCAGACCGAAUCCUAUCCAUUUUUUUUCCAUGGAUCCGUUCGCGACAUGACAGCGUUCCACUAUACAAAGAUAUAUUUUGGAAAACACGAAAAAUGUUCAAAGCACAGAAUAUCGCUAAAGAAUUUGUAUCUAUACGUACAUAUAAGUAUAUGUAUGUAUGCUGAUGUAUUCAAGUACGUAUGUAGAAAAUCAUUCUACAUCCUGUGCAAUACCUGUCUAUUUUAACGCGGAACUAUCUAUCUCGCCAUUCUGGUCAACGUUACUGUCCCCAUAUAAAAUCGUCUGCAAAAGAUAAAGUGGAACGCAUCCUGCCUUGGUAUCUAAACUUUAUUUUUUUUCAGUAUUUUUUCACAGCGACAUACAUAUUUGUGUUUUAUGUUUGUUCAGAUCCUUUUCGUCAUCUUUUCAAUCUCGCUUGUACGCGCGUGCAAGAACAGUGUUAAGAAAAUGUGGGGGUCCUUUGCACCGCGACCAAAGGACACGCGUUAUAUUCUCACCUAUAUAAAAUAUAUAAACUUAUAUGGAAGGAUUCAUCCUUCUCAUUUAUCAAGACCGGAGUUAACAAUUUACACCGCGUCUUAUACACUGCCAGCGGUUUGAUUAAACUGUAAAGGCCGAAAGAGAAAAUAGGAAGAAAGAUAGAUAGAUAGAGAAAGAGAGAGAGAGAGAGAAAGAGAGAGAGAGAAAGAGAGAGAGAGAAUGAGAGAAAAUUUUUCUUAUAAAGUAGGAAAGGGAAAGAGAAAAAGAAAAAGAGAGAAAAAGUGAACGAGAGAAAGAGAGCGAAAGCGAGAGAGAGAGAGAGAGAGAGAGAGAGAGAGAGAGAGACGUUUUUGUAAAUAAGACGAUCGAUAAACAAUUAACACGAUGAAAUUUAUAUUAAAUGCAUAGCAAGUACGAGAUAGGUUUCUAAUAACGAUUUAUUAUAAAAGUGAAUGUACGUUGAUGUCUAAGAUUUUUAACAUGAAAACACACAAAGUGGUUAUAAUUAACUAUGAUUAUUACUCAUAGAACGAAAACACAAGUACUAAUUAAACGAGAAGGUUUAAAAUACGAAGCCACAGUUAGACAGAUCGUGAAUCUCUCACGGCGCAUAUAUUAUUUUAUAUUCGGUACAUACAUUGACACAUACGCUCGCCGUAAUGCGGUAAACAUACACGGCAUCACGUGAAAAAUUAGAUUCUCACCGGAUGGCUGAAAUAUGACAGCGGAAUACAUAGGUAAACGAAAGAAAAAUAUCGACAACCUGCCGAUUUUUUGAAUGAUUUAUCUAUCGUAACGUAACCGGGGAUAUGGUGAAAUGAUCUAGUGCCGUGUACGUUUGUUGCAAAAUCGGGUCUGUUAGAUUGCGUGUGCACAUUCAGUACAGUACGUUGUUCAUUAAACAAAGCAUACAAUACAAAGUAGCGUAGCGUUCAUAAUGGUAGUCCACUGUAGCGAAAUAGUGUUUAAACAAAGCAAACAAAAAAACCGGAAAAAAGACAUAAUCAACAAAAAAAUUACAGGUAACCGUACGUAAUAAAAUCGUAAAACGAUCUUCAUAAAGGAUACAGGCAUACACAUAUACACUGAUACAUGCAUACACACAUAUUAGAGAGCACAAGAGAAGCAAACGAGAAACACACGUACACCACUCGAAGAGAAGAAAAAUCGUCGCGUUCACGCGGUAAAAAGCAAGAUUCCAUAUGCGCGCGUAUGAGUGAGAGAGAGAAAGAGAGAGAGAGAGAGCAAGAGUGUGUGAAAGAAGUAGAAUGCAAGAGAGGGAGAAAGAGGAAGAGAGUUAGAGUGAAAAAGUAUACAAGGAAGGAUGCAAGAGAGAUGCGAUUGGCGCGUACGGUGCGUGCUAUCAAGAGUAGUACACGCAAAAUGGAAGAUAACGAUGCGCGAGCGUAGAAACGUUGGCGUCGCAUAAGUUAUGUAGGUAUAUUGUAUAUGUAUAUCGAUAUCAGAGAUAUAUCGAUGAAAAAGUUUAAAAAAGAAGAAAGUAAAACGCGUGAAAAGACACCUGACGAAAAAGAAAUGGGGACCGGGUCUCCUUUUACUCAUCUACACACAUACAUAUACACCGAUGCAAUGGCAUGCUCGCCUCGGUGGAGGUUUUGUUUGAAAGUACCUUGCGCGAAUCGUCUCUGUAGUACAAAAGAAUGCUCGAUCUAUGAAAUAUAUACGAUCGUUUCACUUGAACCGUAUAUUUUUCAAUCGCGGAUAAACCAUGGCAUCGUUCGAGUAAUUAACUUUUUUUUUCCUUUUCUUUUCUUUUCUUUAUACUAAAGAAGACAAGUAUACUCCUUAAAAUAACAUGAAAAUUUGCAGAACGGAUGUUAGAAUAAAAUGAAACAUCGUAUACAAUUUUCUUUUCUCAUUCAAUUGAUCUGAUGCCUUGGUCGAAGAUUUUUUUAAAUUUCGUUUAAAACAGAACUUGCUCGUGUACUCGCCGUAGACAUAUCUUACUUUUUAACUCCUAUUUUAUAGAAAAUGAGCCGAGAAAGAGGAAACGCGAGAGAGAGAGAAAGAGAGAGAUCAUGAAUGAAAGAGGAAAGAAGUAAAGAAAAAAAUGAAUUCCGGUUCGGUCGUAUUCUUGAAUUUUUUCGCGAGACUUCAAAAGCUCUAUUAAUACAUCUGUCGUCUCAUUUCGCUUCAUACAUUCCAUCAAAAUCGUAAAAGACACCGUGUAUACGGACAAACGUUUUACACUUGUAGAAGGUAAAUAGAAAGUAUUUGAAUUAUUAUCGCGAGCAAAAGUUUUAUGAAUUGUUCGAUGAACGUUCGAACGAUGCGCGUCGUCGAUUUUAUUAAAAUUCAUUUUUAAAGAUUAAUUACUUCUCCAGUCGAUUCGAUCGGAAUGAUCUUCGGACAUUUGCGAUUAUCGUUUGGCCUAAAAUAGCGAAAGCCUCGUAAUUGCAUAUUAGAGACAACGAAUUUUUUAAAGUAGGGCUAUCAACUUAUAUCCAUCUAAAUAUUUCGCGUUCUCAUUUAUAUUUUUAACACGAUGGCGAUUCAUAUGCGAAAAAAAUGGUUGUGAUGUGAUUUCGUUGAUUCAGGGCAUGCUCCAGAACGAGAUUCAUAAACUUAUUUUCUUUAAUAAAAUAUCGCGUCGUUUGAAGAUCAGAUUUACCGAAAUUUUUAAUAUUCUGCGAAGUUUCGCAAAAUUUUCUUCGAAUUAGGCCUACGUUAAUAAAAAUCGAGAUUCGUGAAAGCGGAUAGUGUAUUUGCCAGAGGUACUUUACGUCAAUUAUUUCGUGUAACGCUUCAUUGUACGUGUGAUCGAUGAUAUCUCACCGUUUUGUCGUAAAGAUAAAUAUGACUUAUGAUAGCAUGGAUGUCAAUGUUUUCGAGACUAGCACGGUACAAAAAAGCUCACAUCAUGGAAUACCGCAAAACUUUGUAUAGCGACAGUUAUAACUUGCACAAGGUCACCCAAAACGUGUAAUAUAUUUGGAUGUAUAUUUAGCCGAGGAACACUUGUUUGUGUCGAAAAAUGCGAAGAGCAUCUAAUGUGUGCAUGAAAAAUAAUCAUUCUCUCCGCUAUACGUAAUUACGAUUAUUUCGAUCUUAAAACCAAUAAAACUUCAUUUGCGUCCGAAUUUUACGACAAGAUAUACGAAAAGCAUCGAUAUGAUAAGAGAUUUCGUGAAUGAAAAGCGAAAUGUUAAGAUAAUUUAUCGUUAGUUCCUAGAUUACGAAGAGUCCUAUUACUUCGAUGUGAAUUGGCGGGUUAUCGAAAAGGUGGAUAAAAAGAUUAAUUUAUGAAAAGAAGCGAUGUGAAGAAAUGAAUUUAUAUCCUAUGAGGCUGCGGGACAAAAGACUUGAAAAAUAGAUAAAACGAGGCUGCGCCUUGAAAUGAUGUACUUGAUGCGAAUUUCGAUUGAAAUGAUGUUCGGUCGAUUUAUACUGAAAGUAGAUUCAGCGGAGAGAAACGAGAAAUUAUUAAUUGUGCGUAAUGCAGGGAACGAUAUCGCUUGAUGAUCUUCAAAACGCACUGAAAAGCACACUCAUGAUCUAGAAAUAAAUAUUAAAAAAAAAAAAAAAAAAUGGGGAGAACGGCAUGAAGAAAAAUCACGUGGGAAGGCCCAUAUGUCGCAUUUGUUUGAAAAAAAGGAAAAAAAAAUAACUUAUUACAAGAAUGCACAAGUAGUAGUGUACACACGCAUGUACUGUUUGUUACCGCGAAUAAAUAUGCGAGUUUAAAAUCAGGUUUGAUUUAUGUGUACACGGUGAGGGCCGAGCUUCGUACGAAAAGAAACGCAGGUGCUCGCGCGAGAAUGAUUCGAUGAUGAUUCUUUUUCGAAUGAGGACGAUCGAAUUUCAACGCAUUCUACUUGCGCAUCGGAAAAAAGUAUAAUACAACAUUUCUCCUGAGCACAUGCGUUUUCUUACGGCGAUAUUGUUAUUAUAUGAACGAACUCAAGACGGCAUGGUAUACAAGGCUAAGAACAAGACCUAAAAUGGGGACAUAAUAUUUUAUAACUCAACUUUUGUACAGAAUAAAUAAAUACUUGUACUGUGGACCAAUA